CAUGCUGCGGAGCAGCUGGGCCCGUGAGCCAUGGCCGCUGAGCCUGCGCGUCCGGAGCCUGUGCUCCACAACGGGAGAGGCCACAACAGUGAGAGGCCCGCGUACCGCAACAAAAAAAUAAAAAUAAAAAAAAGAACCAUUGGCCUAGAAGACCUGGCAGAGGAUUGGAAGGCAGGAGAUUCCCAGAUCUACCGCUGACCUACAGUGUAGUAGCUGAGUAGGCAGGCUGAGAGCUUUGCUAUGGGGUCACACCUGUGUUUGAGCCCAGCUCUGCCGUGUAGGGACUGGGUGACUUGGAUGAGCUCCUUAACGUCUGUAAGUGUCAGUUUCUGCAUAUGUAAAAUGGUGAUAACGCCCACCUCACGGCAUGUUUGAGAACGAAAAGGCACAAGGCCUGACGCAUAAAAUAACUUAGCUCCUUUCCUUCCCUUGUCUUCCCUCCCCUUUCUGGAACUCAGCUUUUCCAUUUGUAAAAUGGAGCAAAUAAUCCUGGCUGGCUGCCCCCUUCUUCUAUUCCUUUUGCCUCCUUAAAAAGGUCAGAGCAACUGAUCUAGUGAAAGUCUUGAAGGGAAAUUCUCUCACAAAUAUUUGAUGUUAUUUCACUGGGCCUUCCUAGGAGGUCAGCAAGAAUUGAGAACUUUUGAGGGUGGGGACAGCAUGAUAUUUACCUUUGUGUCCCAGUACGCAGCACAGGGCCUAUUCAGCAGAGUGAAUGAAUGACUGAAAGGAUGUGGUGCCCUGGGUCUAGAGGCAGAUUGCAACUUCUUUCACGUCUCAAUUGAACAAUAGAGGAAAAAAAUAGGAAAAUUGGACAGGAAACCAAGAGGAGAAUAUAGCAUGAAAGAAAAAUUCCCAUCGAGGAAGGGAUUUUCAAAGGGGAGAAAGUGAGUUUGUGGUAUAAUUAGAAGACGGCAUAUAAUUAAUUUCCAUGCAGCUAGAGGUGUUGGCUGGAGCCUGAUGGCUGUCAGUCAGCUUGCCCACCUGGAUCCAGGUGAUGGAGCUGGCAAUGCGCGCCCCUCUUUACCUGGGAAUCUCCAAGCAUCAGGUCUCCUUCUGCCGCUAGUAGAAGGAGAGAGUGAGGUUGUGAGUUGUCAUGCAGUUUUCUGGGGGCUACCCCACAAAGUGAGUGUUAGUAGCAAUAGUUCAUGUUACUAUGUGCUGGCAUUGUGCCGAUCACUUUGCCUCCAUUAUCCCAUGCCUCCAUUAUCCCAUUGCAUCUUCCAACAGUAAUACUUCACAGAGUUCUAAAGAUUAAACAAAACGAUGACUAGAAAUUGUUGGGCCAGCACCUGGCACUUAGUAAGCCCUCAGUGAACAAUAGCUAUCAUAAUAACUCUGUGAGGUUAGUGCUCUCAUCGUCCCCCAUUUUUUUACAGGUAAGAAAGUUGAGGCACAGAGAGGUCAAGUUGCAUAAAGUCACACAGCUAGUAAUAGCAGAGAUGAAACUGGAACCCAGAUCAGCAUAGCUCUGGGGCCCACCCUGUAACUAUUAGUUCACACUGCCUCAUUCAAACUGGAGUCAUUAUAGAGCCAUGCCCUAGGCGCUGCCAUUUCCCAAUUGAGGCCCCCAAGUGAGCCCCAGCAUGUGAUAAGGCACAUUUCACAACCUGUGCAUCCAGAAACCAGAUGGGCCACUGUCAAGCACAACAACCCCGGAGUGCUCCUGUCAUGCCCAGGGAACACCUUCCAUGCGGAUGACUGAAAAAUGAUUCCUCCGUGAGCAGCGGUGGCAGGGCCUCCCUGUGGGUAAUUAGUGAAUGUGAUUGAUCACUGCUGAUGAGGCUGGGUGGCUCACAACAGGGUUUGACAAGUCAUUGGGUGUAUCUGGGUGUCAACACCCAGCUCAGGCAGCCCCUGGAACUCUUCCUCCUCAGGCUGGAGGGAAGUGGGGCCCAGGUCACUGGAUCUGUCCUGUGUCAGGCACCUCCUUUGGUGGGGUUUGAGGCUGCCCCCUUGGUGGUGAGUUUUCUUCCCCCAUCUGUAAGAUUGAGUCAGAGGCCUUACUUUUCCAUCUCUGAAUUAUUGAAAUGCCUUUGAGAUAAGGUAGUGAUUGAGCUGAGUACUGGACAGGAAGCUAGGAGACUUGAGUCCCAAUCCAGUUCUGUGCUGUGUGUCCUUAGGCAAGUCACACCUGCUCCCAGAGACUAGAUUUCUAGGGAAUUCUCUGGCGGUCCAGUGGUUAGAACGCAGCUCUUUCACUGCUGAGGGCCUGCGCUCGAUCCCUGGUCGGGGAACUAAGAUCCCACAAGCUGCGUGACACAGCCCAAACAAACAAAACUAAAAAAAAAAAAAAAAAAAGAGAGAGACUUGAUUUCUAAAGUCUCUUUGCACCCUAACUGGAACCCCAAAAGUCUCAACUAAUGGCUGAGACACAUUGAUGUACUCUCACUGGGAGUUUUAAGUGGCUCAGCCAGAAUGCAGGGAGCAUUGGAGUCUGAAAGGACUUGGGAUGAAACCCUACUUCACCACUGUAGGCAUUUCACCACUCCAGCUUCUGAGGAGGCAGCCUUGUGAAGGUUCUUGAUGAUGGAAGACAGAGACCUCUGUUCUAGGCCUGGCACCAUGAGAUACCAGCUGGGUGGCCUUAGGCAAACCAGUGGCCUUCUCUGUGGUUCAUUUUAUCCUGCUAUCAAAUGGGGAUAGUCAUACCUUCUCUCCCUACCUUACAGGGGCGUUGCAGGAUCAGAGGUGAUGACAAAUGUAUGAGAAGCAUGUUGAAAACUAUAACACGCUAUGCAAAUGUGAGGGAUUAUCAAAUCUCAGACUUGAGUUUCCUUCUUAAUGGGCUGGCCUUCCUUGAAACAAGGCAACAUAUGCAAAAAACCUGGCUCACACCUGUCACACAGUAGGCAGACAAGCUCUGGGAGCUGUCCCAGGCUUCUGCCUUUGUCUUGCCUUUCACCUGGAAAGUCCAAAAUCCUCCCCACCCAUCUUCACGCCCCUCUCCCCCUCCGCCCCUCUCCCCCUCCACCCCUCUCCUCAGCCAACAUCUAGUCAUUCCCCAAAGUUUAGGCAGGUCAGAAGUCCUCCUGCUUCUUUCCUUCAUAGCUUUCUUCACCUGAUAGUAGCUGUCCAUUUGUUUUUGUGGUCACGUCUGCCUCGGCUGCCACUAAAAUGCAACCUCUAUGACAGUAGGGAUCUUGUUGUCUUGCCCGCCUAGGACAAAGCCUGGCACAUAGUAUAAUAAAUAUUGAUACAUUUUAUUAAAGUGAAGCAUAGAUGGUUAGGUGGAUGGAUGCCACCCAGAUUUAUUGUUUUUUCCCCUCUCUUCUACAUCCCUUCUUGGAAACUAGUGGUUGGUGGAAAAGUGACUAGUCAUGGAAUUAGAUUCCAGGAGUCUCGCUUUGUAACUCACUCAGCCAAGUCCCCUGGAACAGGUCACCUAACGUCUCUUUCCUUUGUCUAUUUCCUGGUCGUAAAGUAGAGAUAAUAACAUGUCAUGUAUGUCGGGAGGCUCCACGAGAUAAUGAAUGUGAAAAUCGAGGCAAGGGGUUAUUACACUGUCUCUUUUGUUUUUGAUGUGGAACCUGGUUCACAAACAGGAGGCUUGGAGAGGAUGUUGGUUUAAGAGCCUCGGGCAGCGUCUCCACUUUACUUUCAUUUGGGGGUUCUAAGAAGAUGGUGAUCACGAUGAUGAUGACGGUGAUGAUGCCAGUUAUCUACUAAGCGAUGGUUCUCUGGCAGGCUCUGGGCCAAACACAUUUCUUAUGUUAAUGUACUUAAUUCUCCCAACAGCCCAUGAGAUUAUCCCCACUCUAAAGUAGCCAGCCCUGGUAACUCCAUCACAUGACUGUGCUCUAAUUUUCUUCACAGCACUUAUCACUAACUAAAAUUAACUCAUUUAUCUACUUGUUUACCAUCUGUCUUCCCCAAUUAGAUUGCAAAUUCUGAAGGGAGAAGAGCCUUAUCUGUCUUGUUCUUGGCGGAUUCCCCAGUGCCUAGAAGAGUCCCUGACUGGCACACAGAAGACUCUCAAUAGACCCCAUUUAAGAGAUGAGGAAAUAGGCUUGGAGGGGCUCAGUACCUGACCCAAGGACACAUGGUUACUCGGGUCUGUCAGGCUAUGACCCUGUUGCUCCUUCCUCCCAUGGUGCUACAGAUUCUUCUGUGCUGUGGCCUGGUGGAGACCUGAUGGCUAGAAGGCUGCCCAGAGCCACUUCCUCUCCCUAUACCCUCCUCCCCUGUUCCCCUUUCACCUUCUGAUGGCUGAGGAGUUUGGCCUUGGACAGGGACACCAACAGAGGGUUUGUGGAGGCCCUCGGGGAAGGUGACCACGUAGGUUCCAGUCAGCUGGUUUCCCCUCUUUGUUCCGGCUCUGUCUCCCAUUAGUAGGGCUCCCUCCUUCCUGGAACCUUUUCACAUCCUUACCCACUGGACCCUCAACUCCCAAUUCUAACCUUUAAGAGAACAGGGAGCCAAAAGUUUUUGGAUCCGUGUUUGGCACUGAGUCAAGGCUAACUAACCUUAUCCAUAGCCAAGACUUUCUAGAAGCCAGAUGCGUAGUCUUGGAACGUGACACUGAUUGGUAGCAAACUUGGGAACCAGGACUCUAGAGCUCCCAGUGCCCGGCCAGAAACUCUUCCACUCAUCACACUUCCUCGCUCAGUCCCUCUUGACUUGUGUGGGUGGGAAAUCCCUUUCUGUCUUGCAGUGGAGGAUUGGUUCAGUUUAUUCCAGAGGAGGGGAAUUGCCGGAAUAAAAGAGGCAUUUGAAAGGAGACUAGCAUGGGGUUAAGAGCUGCGUCUUGGAAUCCAACAAGUCCAGGUUCAAGUUUCAGAUCUGUACGGCUGCUAAAGAACGACCCAGUUAACUUCCAGAAAUUCCCCUACACUAACGAGGAUGAGGCCUGGAAGACCUACCUUGAAAAUCCCUUGACGGCGGCCACAAAGGCCAUGAUGAGAGUCAACGGAGACGAUGAGAGCGUUGCAGCCCUGAGCUUCCUCUACGAUUACUACAUGGGCCCCAAGGAGAAGCGGCUACUAUCCUCCAGCACCGGGGGCCGGAACGACCAAGGAAAGAGGUACUACCAUGGCAUGGAGUAUGAGAUGGACCUCACCCCCCUUGAAAGUCCCACGCACCUCAUGAAAUUCCUGACAGAGAAUGUGUCUGGAGCCCCAGAGUACCCAGAUGUGCUCAAGAAGAAUAACCUAAUGAGCUUGGAGGGGGCUGCACCCACACCGGGCAAGGCAGCUCUCCUCACCCCAGGCCCCAGCAAGCUGGAAGCUGGCUCUGUGGACGGCUACCUGCUGCCCACCAGUGAUGUGUAUGAUAAUGGCUCCCUCAGCUCCUUGUUUGAGAGCAUUCAUGGGGUGCCUCCCACACAGCGCUGGCAGCCUGACAGCACCUUCAAAGAUGACCCACAGGAGUCGCUGCUCUUCCCAGAUAUCCUGAAAACAUCCCCGGAACCCCCAUGUCCGGAGGACUAUCCCAGCCCCAAGAGUGACUUUGAGUACACCCUGGGCUCCCCUAAAGCCAUCCACAUCAAAUCGGGUGAGUCACCCAUGGCCUACCUCAACAAGGGCCAGUUCUACCCUGUCACCCUGCGGACCCCAGCGGGCAGCAAAGACCUUGCCUUGUCCUCCAGCAAAGUCAAGAGUGUGGUCAUGGUGGUCUUCGACAACGAGAAGGGCCCGGUGGAGCAGCUGCGCUUCUGGAAGCACUGGCAUUCCCGGCAGCCCACCGCCAAGCAGCGGGUCAUCGAUGUGGCUGACUGCAAAGAAAACUUCAACACUGUGCAGCACAUCGAGGAGGUGGCGUAUAACGCACUGUCCUUCGUGUGGAACAUCAACGAGGAGGCCAAGGUGUUUAUCGGCAUCAACUGUCUCAGCACAGACUUCUCCUCGCAGAAGGGGGUGAAGGGUGUCCCCCUGAACCUGCAGGUCGACACCUACGACUGUGGCUCGGGCACUGAGCGCCUGGUACACCGAGCUGUCUGCCAGAUCAAGAUCUUUUGUGACAAGGGAGCGGAAAGGAAGAUGCGGGAUGAUGAGCGGAAGCAGUUCCGGAGGAAGGUCAAGUGCCCCGACUCCAGCAACAGUGGCAUCAAGGGCUCCCUGCUAUCCGGCUUCAGGGGCAAUGAGACCACCUACCUGCGGCCUGAGGCAGACCUGGAGACCCCGCCAGUGCUGUUCAUCCCCAACGUGCACUUCUCUGGCCUGCAGCGACCUGGAGGGGCAGUGCCCUCAGCAGGACACGGCACCUCCAACAGGUACGGAGAGAAGCAGCCAAGGGCCUCAUCUCCCUGCCUGUCCCCCCUUUACUGCUCGCUGCCUCUGAAGCGUACCUGCUCACCCUUCACCGAGGAGUUUGAGCCUCUGCCCUCCAAACAGGCCAAGGAAGAUGAUCUACAGAGAGUGCUGUUGUACGUGCGGAGAGAGACUGAGGAGGUGUUUGAUGCCCUCAUGUUGAAGACCCCGGACCUGAAGGGCCUGAGGAGUGCGAUCUCUGAGAAGUAUGGGUUCCCUGAGGAGAACAUUUACAAAGUCUACAAGAAAUGCAAGCGGGGGUCUUGAACAUGGAAAGACCUCAGCAGAUGCUGGUGAAGUGGAUGGAGGGGUGGAUGGAGGAAAACACCUGCCCCAUUACAAAGAGGAAGCUGCUGUGCUCAGGUCAUGUCACAGCCCGGUGGGUCCUUCACUGGGGAGGCAGCUCCUAGAGGGGUGCCCUUGGCUACACUAUGGCUUUGACCCUCUGCAGAGGGCCACACCCACAGAGGCUCUGUCCCACUCAGGUUGGCCUAGGUCCUUGCCUGAAGACUGUGGGGGGAGAGAGCCAAGCCCCUCAAGUCCACGAUGCCAUCCCUGAGAUUUCAGCUUCCUGGGGUGAAACCGAGGGGGCCUUGCGUGGCACCUACUUGUGGGUCAGGCGGGCACAUCUGAGUGCCACAUCGCAGCCUCCUGCUGAACCCAAACCUCACGGGUCCACCCGCCAUGCCUGCUGCACUUGAACUCACUCCACGUCCGAGUGGUCAGUCUGGCCUGGUGACUAAGGCGCACUGUGCUGGUUGUGUCCACGCUCGUGUGUGUGAGGAGAGGCAAUCUGGUGCAGUAGGUGGGCGUGGCUGCCAGCAGGCCUGGGUUUGAGUUGGGCUCGGCCACUGGGAAUUGUGUCCUUCCCUGUAAAGUGGGACAGUGAGUGCCCACCUUGUGGGUUGUUAUGAGGGUCAGAGAGAAAGUCCAAGAGGUGCCUGAAGUGCUGGGGGCGCCCAAUAGGUAGCAGCCAUUACUGUCCCCCUUUACUCAGAGGCCCUGUAAACAAGGGGCCCAGCCCAUUCUACACACACCUUCUCUUCUCUUCCAGAAUCUUGGUCAACAUGGACAACAACAUCAUUCAGCAUUACAGCAACCACGUUGCCUUCCUGCUGGACAUGGGGGAGCUUGACGGCAAGAUUCAGAUCAUCCUUAAGGAGCUGUGAGCCCUGGGCGCCCACAGCCUCAGACCUCUUGAAGUGGACCCCAGGCGAGGAGCCAGCUGGGAAGUGGCCCCGCGCCACACACAACCUCUCCGCAUGCCUCAGUGCUGUUACUUGAAUGCCUUCCCUGAGGGAAGAGGCCCUCAAGUCACAGACCCACAGACGUCAAGGCCAGGAAGGGACCUGGGAGGUGUCCUGAUCCGAACCCUCAUCUCGUGCUUGAAUCUAUUCUCUGAACUUCCGGCCAGGGCCUGCCCAGCCAGAGACAGUGUCAUGUUGGUUAACAAGCCCAGCAGGCUGUUUCCUCCUCGGAAGACCUUCUCUACAGCCCCUCUCCUGCGGGCUGCCGUUCGGAUGGGGGAAGUGGGCCCUGUCUCCCCAAGCUGACUUCACUCUUCCCGUUCUUGACUCUUCCAUCAACUUCAGACCAAUGAGUCCUCACCCUUUGGUCAGUUGUUAACUUGAAAACACUUGAUUUCUAGUGCAAAUGACUUUUGAAAGACACUGUAGUGGAUAUACUCUCCUCAUAGAUGUACUUCCUCAACACCAGACAGCAGUCAGAGCCGACCUACUGGAACGAAGUGGCCUCGGUGUAAAACGACCGCCAUGCCUGCUCACUACUGUAUACAUUUCUUAUUUACAAUUUUCAUUUAUGUUUUAUAUAUAUAUAAGUAUAUAUUGUAUAUAUAUGCAACAUUUUAUAUUUUUCAUGGAUAUGUUUUUAUCAUUUCAAAAAAUGUGUAUUUCACAUUUCUUGGAUUUUUUUUUAGCUGUUAAUUCAGUUACGCAUUUUGUAUACUCGUAUGGUAUUUAGUAAUAAAAUUCUACGUAUGUAUUA